AUGGCUGGUUCCAGCGACAAUCAGGGCAACACAGCCUCCCGUGGCCAUGCGGACCCACAGGCCUCCACGACGUCAUCCAUCCCCAUCGACCAUGCUGCCGCUGACGAGAAGGGCAAGGCCCCCGAGACCACCGCCGAUGCCGACGACACCGAGCUCACCGACGAUGCCGACGACACCGAGCUCACCGCCGAUGCCGACGAGAGGUUGGCCGACGCCAUACUCACAAUACUGACAUGCGAGAAACCGGGACAAUGGGACUUCGACGUCAACAACGACGUCAUGAAAUUCAUCCCGCAAGGCAAGGUUGAUAUCGAGAGGACGCUACGAGCCUACAAGAAGGCGCGGGUAGAACUUAUGGCCCUGAAGCCAGACGACCAAAUUCUAUUCCCAGACGAUGUGAGGAGGAUCGCGCUGGCGAUUACCGAUUCCUCUGGUCUUGAACUACACGGAAGACCCAUCCAUCAGAAGGAGAUGGAGGAAAUCAGAUCCUGGAGGCAGACCGACGUCGUCAUGAUAUCCUGCAUGGUUCUGUGUUCAGUCCACAAAGUAGAGCAGGCCAGAAAGACAAAGCCGAGACGAGACCGCCUUGAGGACGUCAUCGAGUUCCUCAAGACGGAGAAGAUUCAGGUCGCCAAACUACUAGGGGAGUACGAACAUCGCGCCGAUAAAAUUGCAGGCAAUCCGUGGCGGAGAUUGAAGAGCACCAACCAAGCCAGGGCACAAAAUCAAUCGAGGAGGGAACGUGGAGCCGGAACGGGGGGAUCCUCGGACCAGGACGCAGCCGGCCCGAGCUCCCCGGUGCCUUCAUCUGUCGGCACCGCAGAGGGUAGUGCAAAGAAGAAACAGAAAAUGGGCUAG